AUGCCUUCCGCCGCGCUGCAAUCAAGGAUCAAAGCUUUCGAGGCUCUCGCCGACCAGCGUCCUUCUCAAACGACGACAAAACCUUCGUUUGUCGUUUUAAAGGCAAAAUAUCCUCCUUCAUCUAAUACUAGUCACCUCCUGGAGUCACCUAUCUCACCUACCUCAGACUCAAUCCCACCAAUUGCUCCAUUUACACCGUCAAAGUCUUUGAGCAGGUCACCGUCACCGUCGCCUCCAAAUCUAGGUCGUAGAACUUCAUUAAUUGACUUAAAAGACUGGAUUGUAGAUGAUGGACCAAACGGGGCACCGUCCGGCGUCUCACACUACAAUGGCAGGCAUCUGAAAGGCUUUCCAGAUAUCAGAAGAACGCCCCCACAGGUUCCCCAUAAACCUGCUGCUGCUCGUUUAGCACCAAUGUCUUCAGCACCACUCAUCAACUUGGAAUCCCCUCCUAAGUCACGUCCGCCCCUCCCACCACGUAAACCUUCAUAUACAUCGACAGACUCUUCACCUUCAAUUUCAAAUUCUGCUAUCUCUGACAGCAGUGCUACUCUACGACCCCCAGGGCACUCAGAGUCACUCACUGUAGAGCACACUUACCCCCCUCCCCGUCCACAUGCUUUUGGCUCAGCCCGCGCAAGCCACGCGCCCGCUUCUUCCAUUUCAUCAUUUCAUUCCGUAUCUCUUUCUGAUGGAAGCGACCUGAAACCCAUGAGCUCAAGACUGUCCGUACAGUCAUCGCUUGUGACAAAUGGUGAUAACGAUGGCAGCGUGGACGGGGACAUCGCGAGCAUCGCUGACUCAUUUGAGAAUGUGUCUGUGACUUCCGCGAUAAGUCCUACCACCAACAUCCCUUUUGAUUGGGGGAAGGCCGUUAGUAACGGCAACGGCAUACCUAGGCCCGAGCCUCCAAAAUUACCUCAGCGACCAGGUACAAAACUUCCCUUGUCGCCCCCCGUUUCGAGAUCAGUGUCAACAUCGUCAUCUAUAACGCCCACCACUCACCGACCCCGACCUCCACCUCCACCACCUCAAUCACGCACUAAACUUCCUUCCCGCACAUCACCUGCAUCCACCUCUGCAUCCACCUCCGAUCGCUCGUCCAUCCUAAGCAACGCAACCACCGCCUCCCUGACAAGCAUAAGUACCACAAGCAUAAGUACCCGAAAUAGCGGGCAGUUGACACAUAAAGCUUCAUUACUCCUGCGACCCACGCCAGUCCCGCCUGCUGCACGGACACGCUAUGAAGCCUUAUUUGUUGCGACUGUGAUCAGUCGACGGAAAGCUGCCAAGAAAGCCAAGCUGAAGUCCCCACCAUCAUCUACAUUGUCAGUCAAGAAGAGCAGACAAGCUGCUGGCUGGAGAGGGCUUUCAGUCGACCUGAUCACCAACCCGGAGGAUCAUCCUUUACUACCCUUGAAGGAUGCAGAAAGCGAGAAUGACGACGAUACAGAUCUAGCCCCAGUUAGACCUGAAGAGAGACUAGGCGGCCGAAUAGUGAAGCUCGUUUGGAAUGCUUCAAAACUUGACCGCGGCAAACUCCGGGACAUAUGGAAUGACUGUGAUUCGUCCUCGACCGGCUUUCUUGACCGUGAAGCAUUCGUCAAGGGAAUGUGGCGAAUCGACGAAGAGCUCCGGAGAGCCCAGCUGACUAGACGGACGUCUGCACUCAGCGCCGCUUCGUCGCAACGCAUUCCCCACCGCCCGAAGAAUGCGAGCAAUCCAAGAUUGUUAUUGCAAUAG